AUGGUGUACGGUCAGGUCCUUCACCAGCCCCAGGACUGCUUCAUUAACGUCAACGUUGGAGGCUUCAAACAGCGAAUGGACCACACUGUUCUGAAAAGGUUCCCUCAGACGCGCCUGAGUCGUCUUCUGUGUUGCAGCUCCAAAGAAGCCAUCCUGGAGCUCUGCGAUGACUUCAGUCCCUCUGACAUGGAGUACUACUUUGACCGCAGCCCAAGGUUUUUCUGUUAUGUUCUCAACUUUUACCUCACUGGGAAAAUCCACCUGGUGGAUGGCUUGUGUGUCGUCUCAUUUAUCCAAGAGAUUGAGUAUUGGGGCAUCAAGGAACGUCACCUGGACUUCUGCUGUAGCAACAAAUUCCAUGAAAUGAUGGAGCUUGCUGAUAAUCAGCAGUGGGAUCAGAGGAGCGACGAGGUGCAGCUCGAGAGUUUGGGUUCUUCUGUUGAGGAGCUGUCGAUUUUGGAGGACGACACAGUGAUGUUUGAAGGCACCUGGUGUGCAGAUGUCCGCAGGAGUGUUUGGAUUCGACUUGAGAAUCCAGGUUUCUCCACUUCAGCCAAAGCGAUGGCUGUAGUAUCCCUCAGUGUGGUCCUCAUGUCCAUUAUAGCCAUGUGUGUGCACAGCAUGCCAGACUUCCAUCAGGUGGACCUCGAUGAAAAUGAGAUUGAAAACCCCGUACUGACUGUCUUUGAGACCCUCUGCGUUCUGUUCUUUUCUGCUGAGUUUAUUCUUCGUUUGGUUGUUGCACCAUCGGCCAGGAAGUUCUUGAGCAGCCCUCUCAAUAUUAUCGACUUAUUGUCAAUUCUGCCCUUCUACGUCACUGUAGUCUGUGAUACAAUGAACAAGGACGAGAACCCAGACCUGGAGAACGUCGGCAAAGUGGCGCAGAUCUUGAGGUUGAUGCGAGUGUUUCGAAUUUUCAAACUGGCUCGUCAUUCAGCUGGCCUUCGCUCUCUUGGUGCCACGCUGAGACACAGCUCUCGUGAAGUGGGGCUGCUGGUGCUGUUCUUGUCUGUGGGCAUUUCCAUGUUUUCUGCUCUCAUUUACUUUGUAGAGAAAGAAACCAAAGAGUCGGAGCUGCAGAACAUCCCCAUUGGCUGGUGGUGGGCCACCAUCAGCAUGACCACAGUGGGCUACGGGGACACAUUCCCCGUUACUCUGGCUGGGAAGCUGAUAGGAACUUUGUGCAUCAUCUGUGGGCUGCUGAUCGUGGCUCUGCCCAUCACUAACAUCUUCAAUAAGUUCUCCAAGUUCUAUCAGCGGCAAAAACACUUAGAUCUCAAGCGAAACAAUAACUGA